UUGCCCUUACUUCACAAGAUAAAUAAAAGGGACAAAAUAAUAAUAUAGAGGUUUCAUGAAAAAAAUCCAAAGUUUUUUUUUGGCCGUUUCCUGUAUGCAAUUGAAACAUCUUAUCGUAGAAUCACCCAAAUAUGUGAUUCAAAAGACUCGAUCAGUUGGUCCCUUAUGAAUACUUAUAAGUAUAAGUGCGUAAAAUGUAAUGGGUUCACACGCAACUUUCAUUUCAGAAAUGUUAUAUGUAUUAAAAGAAAAAGAGGCUGAAUAUGGAGGUAUAUUCUUAUCUUGGUUUGGUCCGUUUCCCGUAGUUGUCGUGAGCGACCCUCAAAUAACACAGGACAUUUUAACAUCGCCAAAUUGUGUUAACAAGAGUUUUGUGUAUAAAGGAGUUGAGGACGCAACUGGUCCAGGGUUAUUCACAAUACCUGAUCCCGAAUGGAGUUAUCAUAGGAAGUUAUUGAAUCCAGCUUUUGUGCAUAAGAUAUUGCUUAAUUGCAUUCCAAUAUUUAAUAAAGAGGUUGAUGAGUUAAUGCAAGUAUUUGAAACUUUAAUCGAUGUUGAUGGCGUGAAUUUGGUGACAAUACUGGAAGAGUUUACAUUGAAAAUAGCUACCCAAACUACAAUGGGUCAAAAUGGUUCAGCUCUUAAUGAAUCGUUAUUGCAUUCUUUUCCAUACGUCCUAGAGACCGUUACCGAAAUGAGUACUCUGUCGUGGUUAGGCAUGAAGGCGGUGGUUUGGAUUUUAGGCGAUUAUGAGCGAUAUAAAAGGUCCAAAAUGGCUAUUCGUAAAUACAUAGGAAAUCUAAUUACGGAAGGCACUAAGGUUACGCCGGACCAAACGAAGAUGGACGGCAAUAUCUUUAUAAAUCGAGCUAUCGAAUUACUUCAGCAGGGGAGCUUUACGCGUAAAAAUGUUGAGGAUGAAUAAUUUGUCAUAGUUUUCGGGGCUUUUGAAACGACUGCAACCACUUUAAAACAAAUUUUAAUUUUAUUGGCUAUGCACCCUCAAUACCAGGAGCGAGCAUUUGAAGAAGUCUAUUCGUUGUUCCCGGACAGCGGAUCUUUCGAAAUGAGUUAUUCGGACAUUCAACAACUUUCGUACGUUAGCAUGCUGAUUGAUGAAACGAUGCGUGUCAUGGCCACCGUUCCACUAGUCGGAAGACAGCUGAAUGCGGACACGAAACUAAGCAACGGCAUCGUUCUGCCCAAAGGAAUUCAAGUACUAAUCGAUAUAUUUAAUAUGCAACGCAGGGAAGAUAUUUGGGGGGCGGAAGCUCACCGCUUUAACCCUGAAAAUUUCUUGCGAAAACAUCCGUAUUCAUAUAUACCCUUUACGAAAGGCAUGCGGAAUUGUAUUGGCUCUAAAUAUGCUUUAUUGUCGCUAAUAAUUGUCGUGGCCAAACUUGUAAGAAAUUUCCGAUUCACAACCGACUUUGAAUACAACAAUUUAUAUUUCGUCGAAAACAUUACAAUAAAACUCAAGGAAGCACCGCUGAUCAGAAUUCAUAAGCGAGAUAUGUUUUGCAUUAGUGAAAUACAUAAAAUGUUCUUAGUGAAUUUUUUCUUCAGUUUUUGUAUAAUUUCCUUAUGUAUGAUCCUAUGGUCGCGUAGGAAAUACUAUAAAUUGAUAUUUAAGUUGCCAGGCCGAAUUGGAUAUCCCAUCCUGGGCAAUGCGUUAGAAAUCAAACAAAGAGAUGAAAUGUUAUAUGUAUUAAAAGAAAAAGAGGCUGAAUAUGGAGGUAUAUUCUUAUCUUGGUUUGGUCCGUUUCCCGUAGUUGUCGUGAGCGACCCUCAAAUAACACAGGACAUUUUAACAUCGCCAAAUUGUGUUAACAAGAGUUUUGUGUAUAAGGGAGUUGAGGACGCAACUGGUCCAGGGUUAAUCACAAUAGCUGAUCCUGAGUGGAGUUAUCAUAGGAAGUUAUUGAAUCCGGCUUUCGCGCAUAAGAUAUUGCUUAAUUUCAUUCCAAUAUUUAAUAAAGAGGUUGAUGAGUUAAUGCAAGUAUUUGAAACUUUAAUCGAUGUUGAUGGCGUGAAUUUGGUGACAAUACUGGAAGUGUUUACAUUGAAAAUAGCUGCCCAAACUACAAUGGGUCAAAGGGGUUCAGCUCUUAAUGAAACGUUAUUGCAAUCUUUUUCAUACGUUCUAGAGACCGUUAGCGAAAUGAGUAUCCUGUCAUGGUUAGACAUGAAGGCGCUGGUUUGGAUUUUAGGCGAUUAUGAGCGAUAUAAAAGGUCCAAAAUGGCUAUUCGUAAAUACAUAGGAAAUCUAAUAACGGAACGCACUAAGGUUACGCCAAACCAAUCGAAGUUGGACGGCAAUAUCUUUAUAAACCGAGCUAUCGAAUUACUUCAGCAAGGGAGUUUUACGCGUAAAAAUGUUGAGGAUGAAUCAUUUGUCAUAGUUUUCGGGGCUUUUGAAACGACGGCAACCACUUUAAAACAAAUUUUAAUUUUAUUGGCUAUGCACCCUCAAUAUCAGGAGCGAGCAUUCGAAGAAGUCUCUUCGUUGUUCCCGGAAAGCGGAUCUUUCGAAAUGAGUUAUUCGGAUAUUCAACAACUUUCGUACGUUAGCAUGCUGAUUGAUGAAACGAUGCGUGUCAUGGCCACCAUUCCACUAGUCGGAAGACAGCUGAUAGCGGACAUGAAACUAAGCAAUGGCAUCGUUCUGCCCAAGGGAAUUCAAGUACUAAUCGAUAUAUUUAAUAUGCAACGCAGGGAAGAUAUUUGGGGGGCGGAAGCUCACCGCUUUAAUCCUGAAAAUUUCUUGCCAUCGAAUAUAGAGGGAAAGCAUCCGUAUUCAUAUAUACCCUUUACGAAAGGCAUGCGGAAUUGUAUAGGCUCUAAAUAUGCUUUAUUGUCGCUAAAAAUUGCCGUGGCCAAACUUGUCAGAAAUUUCCGAUUCACAACCGACUUUGAAUACAACAAUUUACAUUUCGUCGAAAACAUUGCAAUAAAACUCAAGGAAGAGCCGCUGAUCAGAAUUCAUAAGCGAGAGAUGUAAUUCCUUUAAAUGCAUAUGUUCAGUUAUACAUACAUACAUGUUUACUUAAUAAUAACUGGACAAGCGUUACCACCAUAUUGUAAUUUACGGCUUCACUUCACUACAAAAAACGGCAUAUUGGAGUAAAACCGAACUGAUCGGAUAAAGUAGGCUUUUUAGAAUUAGUUAAUACAUAUAAAUAAAUGCACAUUUAAAAAGGGUAAUAU